AUGGAUUACGAAGGCCAACAACUUGCGGAGCUUUUGUUCUACUGGAUUAUUCUGGCCUUUGGAGCUGUCGGCUGGAUCAUCGGCUUUUUUCAACAAGACUUUUUGAUUGUUUUUCAAGCAUGGCUUGUGGGUGUCGUCAUUUCCAUUAUUCUGUGCGUCCCGGACUGGCCAUUCUAUAACCGACAUCCUAUUCAAUGGCUCGAGUCUGUCCCAGAUCGGAGAAGCAAAGUUAAUUGA